ACACAACAAAAAAUCACAUUAUGCGCUCCUGGAAGUACCUCAAGCAAUGACGGCACCUCCACAGGCCAGCACGAAGCCUCUUCGGAAGUCCGCUGUUAAACCACGAAAGACUCUCAGGGAAUUAUUUCUGCACCGCCUUCCUCACUACAAUGGGCCGUACAAUGUUGGAUAUAUGGAUAUUGAAGUUCCAGUUCGCAAUCCGCGGCCUGUAUCCGAUCUUCGAAGAAAUGGAAAACCGGUACUUCGACUAGAUACCGUCCUCAUGGGGAUAUACUAUCCAUGCGACUUACAAUCCCAUAAUGGCGCUGGAAAGCCUCACCGUGUUGACUGGAUGCCACGACCACGAGCCGCAACUGCCAAAGGCUACGCCAAAUACUUGCAUAUCCCAGCACUCCCAGUCACUGCUUACCUUGCCUGCACCUCUUUAUACACAAAGUUGCCUGCAUUCCGAAACGCUAAACUGGCUGCUCACUGGCCAGAGGAUAUACGCAACGAUACUGGUCCAACCGGACAGAAAGCUCGAGAAGAAGAAGAAAACCCGACAAGCCGACCAAAGUUUCCUGUUAUAAUAUUUAGUCACGGGCUUGGUGGCUCACGGCUUUGCUACAGCUCAAUAUGUGGAGAGCUUGCGAGUUUCGGGUUCUUUGUUAUAGCAAUAGAACAUCGGGAUGGCAGUGGUGCUAGGACAUAUGUCAGUCUUCCAAGUAAUGUUGAGGCUGCCGCUAUCGAGUCAUCAACUGCUGAUCUACACACCAAUAACGAGGGUAAAGAACACACUUCAGAUAAAAAGGUACAACGUCGAAGGAAAAAGGGAGUGAAUCCGUAUUAUGUGAUGGAUUAUAUUCUUCCUAAGGAUAAUGCACAGGAUACUUCUCCACAUAACCGCAGAGGCGUCGAUCAUAUUUUGAGAUCAGCACAGAUUGAACUACGGCAAGAAGAAAUCAAGGAAGCAUUCUAUAUCCUCAAUCUGAUAAAUUCCGGCCGUGGUGACGAAGUUGCGUCCCUGAAUCUCAGAAAGAAAGGAAACAUAGGUUCCAGCUCUAUAGGGCUCAACGGUGUCGACUGGGAGGAUUGGAAAGAUAGAAUGUUUCUGAGCAAAGUCACUAUGAUGGGGCACUCAUUCGGAGGCGCAACGACGGUUCAGAUAUGUCGAGACGAUUCUCUUACAUGGCUAGGCCAGGGCAUUAUUCUUGAUGCAUGGGGCCAAGCAACGCCCCCAGGCGGAAAGACUUUGAAGGAAAGAAUCACCAAGCCCAUCAUCUCCAUUUCGUCCGAGGUUUUCAUGCACUGGAAAGACAAUUUCGACAAAAUAGUCGAAUUUAGUAACGAAGCCCGUGAUUCAGGAGCCCUGUGCUGGAUGCUCACAGUAGUUGGAUCGACUCAUCUAGCAAUGACUGACCUUGCUGUACUUUACCCACAAUGGAUGUCGAUAUUGAUGAAGUCUAUGGUUGAUCCCCUACGAGCAGUCUCUCUUACUACAACUGCGUCGUUGGAAUUUCUUAAGAUCAUUUUGCCUCCAGAACAAACCAAGUAUAACAUGUGGGCAGAUGAGAAGCUGUUACAAUCUGCAGAGCCUCCUUCCGAGCCUGAGGAGUCUCUUCGAAGUGAUCACGCUCCUGACCAUAAAUGGGUUGCUGUACGAUUGAAGAUACCGAACGAAUUUACGGUACGAUUGCGGGUGUGGGUUCGACGAACUUGGCGGUUUAUUGUUUGUACUGGGCGUGAAGUCGCUGAUCUCAGUGGCGGGCUUCAAGACUUUGGGCAAAAGGACGAAAUUUGGACUCAUAUGUGUCCCACCCAUGAAGCGGUGCAAGAGCAUUUGAACCAAGUUCGAUGAAGCUUUGGUCGCGAGUUUCUAACAUUACCAAGCAAUCAUUUAAGGUACUGAUCGUAUUGUUCGAUUAUGACUAUGAAAAUGUAUAUUAUGAAUGACGAAUCAUUAAAGUAGCGAUAUGAGUUUAGCGUAAACAUGAACAAGGAGC